AUGCGAGCAUCGCAAGUCAAUCGGGCAUGGUACAAAGCCGCACAUCAUCCUCGACUCUUUCAAAGCCUCUGCUGCUCCCCGGAGUGGUCACUUCCCAAUCUCGAUGCUAAUUUUCCUCCCUCACUGGAAUGUCGAAGUGCCAAUUUUUUCUUUCCAGACUUGCCUUCUCCUACAGCCCAGGAGAGCUCUAAGUUACCUCCAGACGGUAAUGACUGGUUCCAAAAGUUCAAAUGGCGCUAUCAGGUUCGCAAAAACUGGGAGCGUGGGAAACAUCGGGUUCGACGAUUUGUCGGGCACACUGGAGCUGUGCACUGUUUGGCCUACGACGCUUACCGCAUUGUCAGUGGCUCAGCGGACUCUACCAUCUGCGUAUGGAAGGUCUGUUCCAAUGCCAAUUGGCUAGCUCAGACUCUUCGAGGUCAUUCAGGAGCUGUUCGGUGUCUGGAACUCCUUCCACUUCCGGCUUCUCUCGCCUCUCCUUCUACUCCUCCUUUGCAAUCUCAGUCCCCGAGUGUAUGGGAACCCCCAGAGGCUUUACUCAUCUCAGGAUCUGUUGACACCAAUCUCAAGCUAUGGAGGCUGUCGUCCACGUUUGAAUGGUCUCGGAUAACGUGCAUUGGAACACUUCAGGGGCACCUGGAUACUGUCCGAUGCUUACAGGCUGAUUCUGAAAAAGCGAUCAGUGGUUCCUACGACUGUACAAUGAGACUGUGGGACCUCGCCUCCAGUACUCAAAAGGCAAUAUUUCGUGGUCAUACUGCCGGUGUAGUCUGUCUUACUUAUGACGAUUCCCUUCUAUAUUCCGGCUCCUUGGAUAACACUGUUCGAGUAUGGAGUCUGCGAACCACAGCGUGUUACUACACUCUUGUAAGGCCUGGAACUCGACCCGGAGCUGAGUUCUGGACAACCCCGGUGACAAGUCUCCAUUUAGAUUCUCAACGAAGGCGACUCUUCGUAGCACACCAUGACGGCCGCAUCUGCGUAUGGCGUAUUUCAUCCACAUCGCUUCUAGAGAAUGAGAAGACUCCUGUGAGUGUGGAGCAGCCUGAGUUGAUUGAACAACUCUGUGUAGAAGCGACGAAUGAACAGUCUACUGGAGCGGUUAUUCGAUGCCUUGCUGGAGAUGGAUGGCAUCUUCUGUGCGGGUGUGACGACCAGACAAUUAAGAUCUGGAGGGCAGAUUCAAAUAAACCGAUUGGCUGCAUCCGCGGGCAUGAAGAUGGAGUGACGUGUCUACUGGUCUACGGUUCGGUGGUCAUAUCGGGUUCCUAUGAUAAAAAUGUCAUUUUAUAUGAUUUUGAUGUCAGUUGA